AUGAGACAGAAGAUCUCCGGGAAAAGCGUAAGUUGGACAUUGGUGCCGAGCAGCUCCAACACAGUUUGUAACAGUCCCAGAAACACCGCGGAGACAAUGAGAGUUCGUCUCAAAGGGGAUGCGAUCUGUACCCUCUUCCUGCUGGUAGCGCUUUGCUCUUUACUCUACUCCCAACUGGAACAUUUGGUCCCGGUAGGAAACAAGGAGCUGACACAGAAGAAGCCGUCAGGAACACCAAAAGUACCCUCUCACUCCAGAGCACCUUGGAGACCGACGCCGGCAGAGGCAACGGCACCCAGACCCCAAGUAACUCCCACCGUUAGGCAAACGGAAAAGGCCAACAAGGUGCAAACUACAACUCCAUCCCCGUUGACUGACUCUGCCUUCAACUUCAAGCACUAUCUCCUGAACAAGGAUAACAGGAACUUCAAUCUCCUCAUUAACCAGCCCAGGAAAUGCAGGAAAACACCUGGAGGUCCCUUUCUGCUCGUUGCUAUCAAAUCAGUAGUUGAAGACUUCGACAGACGUGAGAUUGUCCGAAAAACUUGGGGCAGGGAGGGUUUGGUGAACGGGGAGCAGAUCCAGCGAGUGUUCCUACUGGGAACACCAAAGAAUAGGACAGUGUUGGCGACGUGGGAGACUCUGAUCCACCAGGAGAGUCAGACAUACCGGGACAUUUUACUCUGGGACUUCAUGGACACUUUCUUCAAUUUGACCCUGAAGGAGAUCCACUUCCUGAACUGGGCUGCUGAAUUCUGCCACAACGUGAAAUUUAUUUUUAAAGGUGACGCUGAUGUUUUUGUCAACGUUGAAAACAUUGUUGACUUCCUUGAGCGGCAUGACCCCACUGAGGACCUCUUUGUUGGAGACAUCAUCUACAAUGCUCGCCCUAUCCGUGUCCAAAAGAGCAAAUACUAUAUCCCAGAGACCAUGUAUGGGCUAAGCAUCUACCCAGCCUACGCAGGAGGAGGAGGGUUUUUGCUGUCCAGCCGCACCAUGAGGAAGCUCUCCAGGGCUUGCAGAGAGGUGGAACUCUUCCCCAUCGACGAUGUCUUUUUGGGCAUGUGCUUACAGAGAAUUAACCUCAAACCCAUUCUGCAUGAAGGAUUCAAGACCUUUGGCAUUGUCAAACCGUCUGCUGCCCCACACCUACAGACAUUUGACCCCUGUUUUUACAAAGAUCUCAUGGUAGUUCACAGUCUGAAAGUUGCUGAGAUCUGGCUAAUGUGGAACCUGCUCCACAGCCCACGUCUUUCCUGUACCCAGAAGAAGCAAGUGAAGAAGCCUUUCCAAUGGAAAAAGAAAGCUCAAAUAACACCACCACCACCACAGGCAUCACCUCUCAGAUAA